ACAUGUUUAGCGCCGAUGAAAUGGUGGUAAAUAACUGGAGGGUGUGAUCACCGAUGGCUUCGCGCUAUGCACGAGUCUUGCAAAGCUUUCCAAAAGGAUAUUCUCUUGCAUUUGCCUAUGGUUCAGGAGUGUUCAAGCAAAUUGGCCAUCAGAAUGUCAGAGCUUUCAGGAGUCCAUUCCGAUCCCCACGGCCUUCACAUAAUAACUCUGUUGAUAUGACGAAAGCCUCUACUGCAGGACAAAGCUCUGCAAGUAAAAGUGAAAAUACUGCCGGAUGUACACCUCAAAAAGACACUGAUGGAGAUGGGGUGAGGCACGUGAGAAUGGAGACCCCUCAGAAAUUAUUGUUGAAGAGACCCCUCUCAAGUAACACCACUCCCCUGAGGGCUGGCAGUAGCCUUCAUGGUUAUCGGAAGAGAUCUUUCUCACAACAGUUUAAUUCUCCAUUUCGAAGUCCAAGCACCAAAUCACCUCAGCAACAGUCACAGAUGCCUGAAGAGCAAUUGGCUGAUCUCACCAAGCAAGAGGCUGAUCUUGACAAAGAAAUUGCAGCUCUUAAGGAAAGUGGUUUUCAGGUUGAAGAGUUGCAGGGCCACAUACAGAAUCUUCACAGGUACAAUGAAGUCAAGGAUGCGGCUCAGCUGGUUUUAGGUCGCCUUGCAGAGUUGGAACAAGUGACUGAUAACAUGAUGGACUUCAUCGUGGCAGUGCGGGAUCCACAAGCGUGGCACCAAGUGAACAUGGCACAAAACCCCAAGCAUUACUCGGCCCUGAGAUUAGGAGGACCACACUUCAUUAGCAGAAUUCAGGAAAACUGGGGAGCCAAGAUAUACUUCAACACCCUGAUUCCAACACAUGAAGGGAUGAUGAAGUAUGGGGUGAUAUCACACUCCAGCUUGGUGGCUGACCUGCUGGAUUGGGACACACUCUAUGUUGCUGGUCGCUUACACAAACCAGUCCUUAUGUUACAUAAAGCUGAGGAUGAGGAGCUCCACAAUGCCCUCAAGCUGAAUCUGUACUUUGCUGUACACACUGCUCUCCUCCUACUCCCAGAACUCUUCAGUGAAGAGCAACUCUAUAUGACUCUGGCAGGACUUUCAUAUGCAGGAGACUUCCGAAUGUACGUUGGCGAAGAUCAAAAUAAAGUGAGGAACAUAGUCGUGGCACAGAUCCAGGAAUUUCGCACUCUUUACAUGCCAGUCUUAAAAGAACUAGAGGAGUACGUAAUUUUGGACACACUGCGGGGGAUGGGAGAGCAAGACACGUCCCCCCCAGCAAGGCUCUACCACCUCUCCAUGUUACCUAAACGACUGCAGCUCAUGCUUAUUAGAGAGUGGAACAAGGAUGGCAGAAGUAGGGACCUUGAAGAUGUUCUCAGGGCAGCUGCUCAUGACACAGAUGUGGAAGAUGUCAUACAUAAAGGUAUUCAGGAUAUUGUGAAAAUCUCCAGUUUGACUCAGAGCAUCAAAGGCAUACUGACAGCAGGAGCUACUAAGUCUGUCAGGUACUCUUGGUCCAAGGUGAAGAAGAUGUGGAAGAGUUUGCAAAGAUAAUGGUGUGAGGUAAAUAACACUACCUAGGCAGUUGUUAAUUAUUUAUGAUUAAGCAUUUUUCUAAUCUGUAAAUUAAAUGUACUGUUGUGACAGAUCAAGCAAGCAUAGGCUGAGUGUUGCAAGAUGCUGUGUUGAUGUGAGCAAAAUUAACGUCAAGGAAAAGACAAGCAGUUGAGUGAUAUGUACAGUAUUACUGUUGGGCUGGUAGUGGUUGUCCUGUUACCUAUCACUUGGAACCUGACUAUCUAAUGUUGGGUAAAGAUGAAGCUCUCUGUGCUAUCAUCCAUAGUGUGUCAGUUAGAGAUACAUUUCCUGAGGAAUUGUCUUCAUCUUUAUUAAGUUGGCUCAAGAAACUUUUAGCAUUGAAUUGAUUCUAAAAUUUGCUCACCUGUCUUUAAAACCUGAAGGAGCUUUAGCAAAGAGAGGAAAUCUCCAAGAACAGAUGUUCACAUCAGCCUUUACUAAAUUUAACUUAUGAACAUUGAAAUUCAUUAAAAUAUCUUAUAGCAAGGGAAAGUAUAAAAAAAUUAUUUAUAAAAAUUUCUGCAUUGUAAACAUUGUAUAUAUUGUAUUCUUAUAUUUUUUAAACAUUUCACAAGUUCAA